GGACGGAGGUGGGGAGGCUGAGGCUUCCAUUGCCUCUUUGUCGAGAAGCAAAUCGUUAGGUAGAGCUUCCUGGCGAUAGUGCGACAGUUUCAGAAAGCUUUCGGCUGCAGUCUUACCCACGUUUACCUAGAGAGGAGAAGCAGCUUGAGCUAUCUCUAGAGGCACUCAUCAGUCAAGUGGCUGACCUGAAGAAUUCCUUGGUCAGUUUCAUUUACAAGCUGGAGAAUGAAUAUGACCGCCUCACCUGGUAAGAGGGCCUUCAGUAUUAGACAGCUUUGCUCUGCUCUCAGGACAGCUAAACACCCUAAAUAAAGUACUGAAGCAUGAGAAGACCCCAUUGCUACGCAACCAGGUUAUAAUUCCAUUGGUGCUAUCCCCAGACCGUGAUGAAGAGAUUAUGCGGCAAACAGAAGGAAGAGUGCCAGUUUUUAGCCAUGAGGUUGUACCCGAUCAUCUGCGAACCAAGCCUGAUCCUGAGGUAGAGGAGCAAGAGAAGCAGCUGAGCACAGAUGCAGCUCGCCUUGGUACUGAUGUGGCACAGAAGCAGAUUCAGAGCCUAAACAAAAUGUGUUCAAACUUGCUGGAGAAAAUCAACAAAGAGGAACGAGAGUCUGAAAGUGGAGGUUUACGGCAGAACAAGCAGACAUUCAACCCUGCUGAUACCAAUGCGCUGGUUGCAGCUGUAGGCUUCGGGAAGGGACUAUCCAAUAGGCGUCCACCAAGUGUGGCAGGACCUGUUCAGGCUGGUCAGCCAGGUGGCAAUACCAUCAUAGCAGGUGCUUCUGCCAUGCAACAGGUACAAAUGUCUGGAGCACAAAGCCAACAGCAGCAAAUGCUUGGAGGAGUGCAGAUAUCACAAGCAGGUCAACCAGGUAAGAUGCCCAGUGGAAUAAAAACCAAUAUCAAAUCUGCUUCAAUGCAUCCCUAUCAAAGGUGAGUCAGAAGCAUUCUGGCCUCUUGCUGUUCCUGGAAUUCAUUUUCAAGACAUCGUUUCUUCACCUCACUCUCUACAGUGAGAUUUCUGACUGAAGUUUUUCCCCUUGAGAUGUCACAGAAGUCAUUUAUUUACAUGGCUGCAUUGAUCACCAGAAUACAGGACUGUACUCUUCAUCCAUACUCUUCAUAUAGAGUGGCAAACUAGCCAGGCCUGGAGGAGGAGGAGAUUUUGGCUAGUUUUCCUCAUGUUUAUAAUAAAUCUGAAUGCCUUGGAGAGCUUACUUCUUUUGGAAUUGUAUAAUGAUCAAAGAGGAGGAGAUAGGCAAUAUGUAUUUUUGAAUGUUUUGUUUAAUAAACGUCAAGUGGUCUGCUUCUGUA